CCCUCGUAGCCGGCGCGUAGUGACGUCAUCAACCCGGAAGUGCUGUGCAGACACAACACCGCCGCUGACAGACGGGAUGGCGGAGGCGCCGCUCUUUGGACGUCAGUUUCCGCUCCUCCUGGUCCUGCUCUCUGCCGUUGUGUCCCCGCUCCGAGCCUCCCUGAGGAAUGUCACCGGGGACGUGCUGGGCUCGGAGACCCGGGGAUGGGUGGCGGCCUUCGGGGACUUCAACGCAGAUAAACAGACUGAUCUAUUCAUCGUCAGAGGGGGUAAUGAAUUACGAAUCUUUUUCGCAGACCUGAAGUCAACGCCGUAUUUCAGCCCCAAAGUGAGACUCUCAUUGGAGAGUGAAGGCGCGGUGAUAACCAGCGUGGUUCCUGGUGAUUACAAUGGAGAUUCCCAAAUGGACGUCCUGCUGACCACUAUACCCCGUGCCCAGGCCGGGACCGACCAGCCGCUGUCUGUGACUAUCUACUGGGGCCAAAACCAGACCCUCAGUCUCAAUAACAAGUUGCAGCUGAACAGCACCUACUCUGACGAGCCUCACAUCAUGGACUUUAAUGGAGACCUGAUUCCGGAUAUCUUUGGUGUCCCUUCUGGAAGCCAGACUCCUCUAAUCACAUAUGGCGGGAACCUCACCAUGACCGGGGGUCUCAAUACAACGCGCUCCAUGUUUGUCCCCCAUUCCCACGCCUUCAUAGACCUCACCGGAGACUUCACUGCUGAUCUGUUCCUUACAACUUUGGCAGACGACAAAAAAAGUGCUCAGUUCGAGACCUGGGAGAAUCAGGCUGGAAAUUUCUCCAGAGCUACAUCCACCGUCUCGAAGCCAAAGGACGCUAAGAUCGUCGGACAGUCCGUUUUUGCUGAUUUUGAUGGAGACGGUCUCCAGGACCAUUUGCUGCCGGUCUGUGAAGAUGACAAAUGCAUGGAAAGUGUCAUAUAUCUCAUGAAAUACGGAACCACACAGUGGGUUCCGGUGCUGCAGAAUUUUACCAAUGCAAAUACACGUUGGGCUCUUGUACCCCAGGACUCUACACAUGUCCCGUCUCUGCCCAUUACCCUCCAUAUCGGGGAUUACAACAUGGACGGUUACCCAGAUGCCCUCGCCAUCCUGCGGAAUACAUCUGGGAGUAACCAGCAAGCCUUCCUGCUGGAGAACGUCCCCUGUAAGAACAGCACCUGCUCCAGGAUGUUUGACGUCCACUGGGAGAUCCCCGACCUCAAUCAGAUAAAAGACGCGGCGGUGGCGACCUUCUUUGACUUUUACGAAGAUGGCAUCCUGGACAUCAUCGUGUUGAGCAGGAGGACCUCCGAGGACGGCGCCAUCAACGUCCUGAUCAACAACUUCGAAGCCGACGCUUAUUUUGUCAAGGUGAUAGUGCUCAGUGGUAUCUGCUCCAAUGACUGCCCACAACAUGUAAAGCCAUUUGGGGUUAAUCAGCCGGGGCCGUACAUCAUGUACAUGACGGUGGACGCCAAUGGAUAUCUGAAGAACGCGUCAGGUAGGCAUGGCUUCGUCUUUUAUGUGGCAGGGGUAGAUUGGGGGACGUGGGGGUGUUGUGUUCCAGACGACCUCCUAAUUGCAGGGCAGGCUGUGUCAUGUGCCUCUCUCAUAUGGCGCCCCCUGCAGAUGGAGCUGAGACACAUUAUAGGUAACUGACAUCACUGAGCCGAGGGAUACA